UGACCAUGUGCUUUCUACCACGUUUUGCGUAAUAAACUGGGUGCAAUUCUGUAUAACCUGAUACAUAAUCUUGGAAUCGUUCACACCACUCGAGUAUAGCUUCAACAAAUACGUUAUUUACCUAUUCGCGUAAGUAAUUGACAUAAUAAAACGAAUAUAAAUCACUAUGUCCACUGGUGAUACAAGUGAAUCUGAAAAUCUUGCUACUGAAACACUAACCUCGAAUACAGAUACCAUGGAUUUAAGCGACACCCAUUUAGCAGAAGAGGUGAAAACUCCGUAUUCUAACAUUGACAGGGAUGUUAUAAUACUUGAGCCAGAAGGGAAUUCCGUCAAAAUGGAUUUGGAAAAUGAUCCAAACAGUGACAGCACGCGUAUGACGGUACAUAUCAGUUCUAUUCAGAGCAGUGAGCCUGAUAAAAAAAUCGAAAUAACACUUCCAGACAGUAAGGACAAAGUUGAAGCUAUAGAAAUAUUCAAGAAUAGAGCUACAGAGAGUGAGACUGAAGCAGGACAAGUCGCUGCUCCUCCUGAAGAUAUCAAGAUCCAACAAUCCAUAGAAAUUCUUACAAAUGGGUUAGAGAAUAACGUAGGUACUCCAAAGAAUACUGUGUUAGAAAUGGACUACCAUGAUAUUGAGAAAACAUCUUCAAUAAACUUGGAGGAAAAAUUAGUAGCUAUUAAAGAAACAAUAGCAAAUACGAGACAAGUUGAAGUCGUAAACAAAUUCAACUGCUUGUUGUCUUUGGCAGCUGAAUAUGCUAGUUCUGACUCUGAAUCUGAUAUCGAUGAAAGGGUACCUUCCCCGUGUGAGGUAAUUACUAUUGUGGAUGACCAUAUUGGCAGUGCACAAAAUAGGAUACAAUAUCGGACUAGAAUUGCUGAGAAUGAUUCCACCAGUGAAGAUACAGAUAGUGAUAGUGACAGUGAUGACAGCGAUGAUACCAGUGAAAGUGACAGUGAUAGUGAUAGUGACAGUAAUCUUGACGAUAGCACCACAAACCAAUGUAGAGCUCAGCCAUCUAAAUUCAAGAAAACCAAAAGUGAGUUUGACGAUCUCCCACCUAUUGAAGAAUUAACAAUCACUGUACCUGAAGAAUUGUGUGAACAAUUAGGAGAGGUUAGCGGAAUUGUAGAGCAGCUCGUUAUAGUACGUCCAAUGUCUGGCAAACCAACUCUGAACCUUGAUUCGAUCCUAUUUUUGGAAAAAGGACAUCGUGUUCUCGGUAGGGUGUUUGAUGUGUUUGGUCAGGUAGCUGAUCCCCAUUAUUGUGUACGAUUCAACAGCGAACAACACAUCAAACUCUCAGGAAUUAUAGUUGGCAUGGAAGUGUACUACUCUCCUACCACUGAGCACACUUCUCUGGUCUUCCUCCAUGAAUUAGUCAAGCUGAAAGGUGUCGACGUAUCUGGAGAUGAUGAUGCUGAGCCACCAGAGUUUUCAGAUGAUGAGGAAGAACGGGCCUAUAAUCAAUUGCAAAGGCAGAAACAGCGACAGAAGCCUGGAAUGAAAGACAGACAACAAAGUUCAGAGGUUGAGGGGGUUUUACAAAAACGUCCGUGUUAUGAACGACAAAGGAAUCCAUGGAGCAGUGACUGGCAAUUGCCCAACUCUCGAUCGAAUAUAAACUUUGGUUUAAGGCCUCCAAAAUGGAAAUCAGAUGGUUCCCAGCCUUCUAUUCAUAAUUCAUACAGUCUACAGAACCCAGCUCAUCAACCAAAUCAACCACCCCCAAAUCAAUAUGGUCAGCAUAGCUUUGGUCCCCAAUCUCAAUAUCCAUUCAAUCCUUAUAAUAAUCCGUAUCAACAAAAUAAUAUGUUUCCUUCACCAAAUACAGGAUACAUGUUUGGUCGCCCUCCAGGAUUUCGACCUCCUUUUAAUAAUUAUGGACCUAACUUUUAUCACUCCAAUCCAUGUGCACCCCCACCCAUGUCUUGGGCACCCCCACCUCCCCCACCACCACCUUCUUCAUCUACCUAAGUAUGGCAAUGUAUGUUAGAGUACCUCUUAAAUUAUAAAAAAAAAUUAUGCUAUGAUUAUGUAUUACUUGUUGUAUAUAUACUAGUAACUCUGUGCCGUGAUAUCAGAGCUAUUGUAUUUCCAUGAAUACAAUUGAAUACAAAUUUGGUUUA